AUCCGGCUUGCCGUCCUCGUGACCAUGGCGGCUGCCGCGCUCUCCGCGUGGCUGACCCUGCAGCCGGGGACCAGGACCCUGCGUGCUUUCUGUACCUCCGUGUCUCCGGCCACCCGCUCCGCGAUACCAAGCCCGCGUGAGUGUCUGUCGCAUCCCCUCCGGGCUUUGCGGGAGGUACAGCAGGCAGAACACCCAGAUAUGAAAGACCACUGAGAAGAAAGGCACUACCUCCUAGGACAGAGAAAAUGACUGUUGACCAAGAUUGGCCUAGUGUUUAUCCUGUUGCAGCACCAUUUAAACCUUCUGCUGUACCUCUUCCAAUUCGAAUGGGCUAUCCAGUAAAAAGGGGGGUGCCCAUGGCAAAGGAGGGAAAUCUAGAACUAUUAAAGAUUCCCAAUUUUCUGCAUUUAACUCCUGUAGCAAUUAAAAAGCACUGUGAAGCUCUUAAAGAUUUCUGCACUGAGUGGCCAGCUGCUCUGGACAGUGAUGAAAAAUGUGAGAAGCAUUUUCCCAUUGAAGUGGACACAACUGAUUAUGUUUCAGCAGGACCAUCUAUCCGAAACCCCAAAGCACGAGUAGUAACCUUAAGGGUUAAACUUUCCAGUUUGAAUUUAGAUGAUCAUGCAAAGAAGAAACUCAUUAAACUUGUGGGAGAGCGAUACUGCAAGACUACAGAUGUACUUACCAUCAAAACAGACAGGUGCCCUUUAAAGAGACAGAAUUAUGAUUAUGCACUCUAUCUGCUAACAGUUUUAUACCAUGAGUCUUGGAAAACUGAAGAAUGGGAGAAAGAUAAGACUGAAGCAGACAUGGAAGAGUAUGUAUGGAACAAUAGCUCCUCUGAAAAAAAUAUUCUGGAAACACUUCUCCAAAUCAAAGCUGCUGAGAAAAAUCUGGAUGUAAAUAAAGAAGAGCUCCUUGCUACGAAAGAAGUUGAAGAGUACAAAAAGUCUGUUGUUAGUCUUAAGAAUGAAGGGGACAAUGAAAAUACCCUUUCUCAGUACAAAGAAUCAGUGAAGAAACUAUUAAAUCUAAUGUGAUUUAUUUAGAAAAAUCUCCUUGAUUUAAUUUUAAUUUUAUGAUUUU